CCUUUUUGAGGCGGGAGCAUGACACGAUGGAGAGAAGUAUGGCUGGAGAUGGGGAGGGAUGAACAGCGGUGCCGAAGUAGAGUUCCAGUAGAGAUUGGAAGAGAUGAAGAUGAGAGUCUAUGAGAGUACCGAAAGGACUCAGUCAAGACCCAGUGUUAGACUGAGUGUUAGACUUGUGAGCGGCGUCGGGGAGUGACCGGAUAUAGGGAAGCGACUGCCGCCUGUUGAGCAGGUCAGACUGAGCUUGGAAUUGAGCAGCGACUUUGGCUCGCUUUUGGCUCGCUUCUCUCUGCCAGUGCUUCUCCUCCGCCUUCCUUUUCUCGAGCCUCCCUCCCGUGCUCUUUCCUCUCGACUCUGACCGACGCUCUCUGCCUCCUCCUCUCCGCCGUCUGUCAACUACACUCCAGAGUACUCAACGACCAGUCUUCCAAGUAGUACUUGUCUAACUUAAUUCCCUCAUACUACUCGAAUGCGUCUUGCCUUAUCCGCCUUCUCUCGCUAACCUAUCCUCCUCUGACCACCUGGGCGAUGCGACUCAACGACGUAUCAUGCACCCAACCCAUGUCCAGCAAGGCCAUAAUCCUUCGUAUCAUACAAACCACGUCCCAAACGGCCAUCAUCACCAUAACGGCCAGCCUCAACCUAAUGGCAACGCACACCACCCCCCGUCCCACAAGAGCUCCUCGCACGCCCCGAAAGAGCCUAUCCGUGUCCUUGGCAUCCCUUCCGUUACCGUCGAGAACGACGAGCUCAUCGUCGGGGACUCCCAGAGCAGCUCGACCCGUACGUACACACCUCUCAAGGUCGUCGGUGAUGGCUCCUUCGGUACCGUCUGGCUAUGCGAUUGGCAUGGGACGCUACCGCCCAAUACACCGAUGUCCGCCAUGCAAUGUAGUGCUGGCGCGAGACCGGAAUAUGCGAAUAAGAGGCUGGUCGCGGUGAAGCGCAUGAAAAAGCGGUGGGAGGGUGGAUGGGAUGAGUGCAAGCGUCUCAAAGAGCUUGAGUCCCUGCGUGCAAUACCUAAUCAUCCUAAUAUCAUACCCCUGUACGACUUCUUCCUUCUCCCAACCACGAAGGAGUUGUAUUUUGUUUUCGAGUCUAUGGAGGGCAAUCUAUAUCAGCUCAUCAAGACUCGCAAGGGAAAGCCACUAGCUGGCGGUCUUGUCUCUUCGAUCUUCAACCAGGUCGUAUCGGGUCUACAUCACAUUCAUUCAUGCGGGUAUUUUCACCGCGAUAUGAAGCCAGAAAACCUGCUAGUGACCACAACUGGGUUGUACGACUAUCGGACACUUGCUCCUAAUGCACCACCGGACGCGCCACCAGAACCUGAUGUCGUCGUGAUCGUCAAGCUGGCAGACUUUGGACUUGCUAGAGAGACAAGAAGUAGACCACCAUACACGGAAUAUGUGUCGACGCGAUGGUACAGGGCGCCUGAAGUCCUGUUGAAAAGCAGGGAUUACUCCAGUCCCGUUGAUAUCGGUGAGGUUGACCAAGUUGCCAGGAUAUGCGAUCUAUUAGGGGACCCUUGUGAGGACUAUGGUGUAGAUGCACGAGGAAAGUCGAUAGGUGGAGGCAGGUGGCCGAGAGGCGUCAAAAUGGCUAGGGAUGUUGGCUUCAACUGGCCCAAGAGUCAGCCCAAGAAUAUUUAUUCGCUUUUUGACCGUUCCGUCCCAGUCAAACUGAUUGAAUGCAUAGCAGACCUUUUGAAGUACGACCCAGCGGCUCGUUUGAACAGCGCACAGUGCAUAGCACAUCCAUAUCUUACGGAGACUGUACCGCUCAACAACCCUCCUGGUCCUCCGGUUCAACCGCCUCAAACACCUGCGGGGCAGCCCGUCUUCUCGAAGUCGCAACGGAAUGGGAACGGGGCUCUCUGUGCAAUCUCACUUCCUUCCGUUGCCCCUCGCAACUUACCUCCCUCACAUUCCCAUCUUGCUCUCAAUCCGAAGCCACAUCCAACACCUUCUCCACACCUCAUCAUACCGCAUAUACCCGAUGCUGCAUCAACUCAUCGGACAUCGUUCUACGACUCUUCUUCAGAGCGCAGUCGAGCAGACUCUGAUGUAUCUCAGAGGCCGUUACCAGACUUCGGCCCUGAUGGACCAUAUAUUCCAAGGCCUACAGACGCUGCGCUUUUGGAGAGUCGGCAUGCUGUUCCCGCUCAAGUCUCAUCAGAGCGGUUCGCCAAUUUGGUAGGUCCACCACCUGGCCACGCCCACUCGCUUCGAGAUUGGGAUGCUAUGGACGUUGUCUCACCCCAUGUCGAGAUUCCGCAGGCAUCUUAUGAUACGGUACCACACACGUUGGAGAUUCAUCAGUCUCCCAUGGCUCAGGAAUACCCACAGCGCCCGCCUGUCGAGCCAGAGCCGAUUCACGACAACGCACAGGCGCAUCAUCAAGAUGUCUCUCAACCGCAAGGCAACACCAAGUUCCCUAAGCUUGCUCUUACAUUUGGCAAAAAGUCGACGAAAUGGGGCCUCGGUACUAUGUUUGGUCAUAGCGAUAAACAUUCACAACAACCGUUGCCUCCCGUCCAGGAGGUCACUGUGGCAUCUGCAGAGUCUACGCCUUCGCUACAGCGUAACAGCAGUAGUACGGAUAGCCGAUCAUUGAGCGAGUUCUCACCUGAUGUUCCUCGGCCGCAAGCACCAUCCCCGUUGGAUGAGAAGGCUAUCAAACGGGCCGCCAAACUUAGGGCUGAAGAGGCUGAGCGGCAACGAUACGCAAGAGCGAGAGAGAUGCAAAUGGAGCAGGCAAGAGCUGUUAUGCGAAAUAAGCGUCGUCUUGCGGAAGCAGCUGGAGGCAAGGAACUGUCGUGGCUCUCUUCGCAUCCUGCAGGAUGGGUACAUGGCACCAAGCCGUAUGACAUUCGACAAACUGAGAAGGGCAAGCAACCCGCUUCAGCACGAGAACCUAUGCGACCUGCGCACAGUCACGGUCCAUCCUCGCCAACAUUAGUGGGCAGCAGUGUUUCGGCCAACGCGAAUCCCUCUCAUCGGUCAGACUGGCGGGAAGACAAUGAACGUGUGCCAAAGGCACGGCGGCGAGAGUUUGACGACGACCAUUCCAUGUCGUCCUCUGAUAUCCCGAGCGGAUUAUCUGUUAUAUCCUUUGCAACUGUGGAUAGUGAUCCAGGGCCUACUCGACAUCGACAUAGACCGAGUGCUUAUGGCAUGAGCAGGAUGACGUCCAUGUCUUCGCUGCGACCGUCAUCUAUAGACGAUUACCCUCAGACCGCCCGAUCAUCAACGUCCCUCUCGAUUGAACAGCAGCUUGUUCGGGACUUCCACCUCCGUGCUUCUGUGGACUCGUCGUCGGUAUCAGACGGAGGGUCACCGCAGCCACCUCCAAUGCAUAUGCUCUCGUUGUCAUCACCAAUACCGUGGCAACAUUCAGAGAGUACUUCGACUGUGGAUAAUCGCAGUGCUGGGUCAAGUCGACAGACACUUCAUUCUCCUAUUUAUUCCCCUCCACCACAGCAACAGCAGCUUGGGUUUAAGCAGGGUCAACUUAGUCCGUAUGAUACUGGGGGCAUGUAUGGACAUCCGCCAAGUCCGGGUAUGGCACCGAAGUCGGCGAUUAACCCUAUCUUCAAAGUGCCUUCGGUUGAUAAACCAGCCCAACUGUCACUGCUACCACCAUUCUCACAACUGGAAGCUGUUGCAGAUGGGGAGUAUCCUCCACUGUCGCCAAUGUCGUUCACGAUCCCAGAAGAAGCGUCAGAGGAUAGCUAGCAUUGGCUUACCCCUCUUGUCACAUCUUUUCUUGUCGUAUUGUCUUGCCGUCUAUUUCUCUCUCCAACCCAUUGUGCAUCAUCUCACAUUCAUUCUAUUAUUUAAUCCAAGUCCCUCCAUCACCUACAAGCAAGCACACAAUUUGCUCACCACUCGCUCACCACCCACGUACCUUUUCCUUUUUCUCGUUGCUUCCAUCUUAUAUAAACCACUCCGAUCCGAAUUUGGGCUCCGGGCUUUGUUUGCUCUUGUAAACCAACCCCACCGACACUCCCUUGUUCUAUAUCGUCUCUUUCCUCCUCCACCCCGCCUGUUGUCCCAUACGUAUACUCCUGCUGCACGCUUUGCAUCGUCCUGCAUCAUUCGCAUUCAAUAUUCAAUAUCACCCCAACCAACCUCCGUCACACCUUUACUAUCCACCUUUUCUCUUCGGCAUUUCGGAUUUUUGUUCUCCUAUAUGCACAUGCAUCCAGCCCUUUUUCUGCCUUCGAUGUUCAUUUUGGGAGAAGAGCUCGACGCUUUUUGGGCACCCCUCUUCUGGGUUACUUCUUUCCGUGUUCUCCUUCGUCGUCUCUUUUUUUUCGUUCUAGCUUCGAUAUCCCCCCGAACUGUCGUUAACGUACUAUACUUCCAAUGGUGGUCGCUACUAUUGCCUAUUUGCCUCCCCCCCUUUUUUUUCCUCUUUUUUCUUACAUCCGUGUUGUCAUAUCCCACCCUCUGUCGUUCGUCUUCAUUUUUCCCGGAGCGAGGCUUGCGCAAAAUUUAUCGUAGACUAAUGUACUUGUACAACUCUCACUCUCAUCAUCAAACAUUUUUUUUUCCAACUCUCAAAUGUAGGAAAAGCAAAUGCAAAAUCGGGUCUACGAG